AGAAUGACCAACGAAGAUACCGAUCGGAAAACAGAUCCAGUUCAGUAGUACUCGUGCCGCGUCGUGAGCAGCAGUAACUAACGUGAAUAAUGUGCAAUAUAGAAAAUGUUCUCUGACAGUUAAAUUAUUUAAUUUUAAAGAUUCAACAUACUACAUUUCAACAGUUACUAGUCUUAUGUGAAGUGUGAAAUAUAGUUUAAUAAAAUGCCCAAAAAGAAACGUGCAAAGACACCAAAUUUGGAUUUACUAGAAGAUGGAUUUGAUGACGAAUUGAGCUCUAAUGACGAAAAACCAGGCACCCCAAUCCAACGCAAUGCGGCCAAUGCUCGGGAGCGAGCACGGAUGCGAGUUUUGUCCAAGGCAUUUUUCAACCUCAAACGCAACAUCCCGUGGGUUCCGGUGGAUACAAAACUAUCCAAGCUAGAUACCCUUCGGUUGGCCAAAAACUACAUCAACUACCUGGCGGCCACCUUGGAUGGCCAAUCAGUAGAGGAUUUUUCCACAAACCUGGCGCAGCCUCCAAAAACGGCAUGGCCUUUCAUUUUCCAGCCGGUGCAAGCUCACGAGCCCACAAAAACAAAGCUAGUGUCGGUUGCAACAGGCCACUUGGAGAAAUGGUCCAGUCGAUCUUGCAUUAGUACAACAACACCGACCGAAAACAGUAUCAAAUCACAACAACGCUUCACGCCUACGAAGACAGCAUUAACCACAUCUGCUGGCGGAUCGUUUUCCACGGAGGAUAGCGUUAUUGAAUCGAGAUCUAUAGGCUUGAGUCAUCAACAUCAUCAUCAUCACCACCAAAACCAUACGACCAUGCAGCAUAUGCAGCAACAACACCACCAUCAUCCCCAUCUGCUCGCAACUGGGGCCGACAAUGUCAGUCAUCUGUCAGAGUAUUCACAUUCACAUCAAAUCGUCACAUCGAUGGGCAAUGAUUAACACUUUGAUUUUUGAAUAGUCAGUGUUACCAAAAUCGUACUUUUUAGUUCUUAAAUGGAGACAAUUAGUUAUAUUUGUAAGCCGGAAAGUAUUAUUUAUGAUUGCAUGCUAAAACAAAAAAAAAUAAACGU